UACUAAAACGAAAUCCCAAAUUUCUCCUUUCAUCUGAAUUGAAACAUUCUUGACAAUUUCUUCUUCACCUCAGCUUCGCUACUUUCUUUCUUUUUGAAUCUUUAAUUAGUUGCUAUAGCAUUUCGUUUCCUGUAAUUGCUUCUUGUUGGAAUCAAUGAAUGAAUUGAUUAAACCCCUCAAUUCAGUAAUUACUCCCAAGAAUAUUUUUGUUAGUCUUGUCUCUUGACAGGAAAAGGGUAAAAUAGUAAUUAACGAUACAAAGCCAAACCCAAACCCAAAAUAGUAAAUCCUCAUUCGAAACCCAAUCCCAAAACAAUCACUGCGGCAGCCUCGCCCUCCCCACUCAACGUUCGCUCCUCGGCGGCAGCAGCAACUUCAUACACACACACACGUCUCCCUACGCGUACCUGCACCUCUCCUGUCCCAAUAUAUCCGCCCCACAUCUGUAGCAGCGCCGCACCGGCCUACCCACCUAGCCGAGAAUUAAAGCGCCGCCCUCCUCGCAGUACAGGAAUUCCAUCCGUGAUUUAAACAAGUUCUUUGUCUACACUCUCAUCAAUGAAGGAAGAAGAAGUUAACCGGUGCCAGAUUCAAGAAUGGUACCCAAAGUUUAAAUCUGUGUCCAUCAAAACCCUGAUUCAUGAACUUCCAGAGUCUUUUGUUGAGUAUCUUCUUGAUGACUCUGGGCCUUUUGUGCUCCCUGCUUCUGUCUCAAACGAUGAUGCCCUUCCCAAUAGAGUCCAUAAUCUUUAUGAGGAAGAAGACUAUCAGGUAUCAGAAGGAUCUGGGGAUGAAGCUGAACCAUCAUCUCCUCCUUCAUUUCCCGAACUAGAACUAAAGAUUAAAGAAUCUAUUGAAUCCCUUGGAGGUGCAGUUUUCCCUAAGUUGAACUGGAGUGCACCAAAAGACUCCUCAUGGAUUAGUACAUCUGGAACACUUCGAUGCACUUCAUUUAGUGAGAUCGCACUCUUGCUAAGGUCAUCUGACUCGUUGGUACAUGAUCUGUGCCAUGCAUAUGAUUCAUGCAGCAAUAGAACCUUAUCAAGACCCCCAAGGUUCUUCCUUGCCCUUCGCAAGUGGUAUCCAUCUUUACGACCAGAGCUGGAAUUUCGUUGUUUUGUACGGGGUCGAUGCCUAGUUGGAAUUUCUCAGCGUGAAGUCACAACAUUUUAUCCAGCCCUCUGUGAGAAGAAAGGCAGUCUAAAAGAAUUGGUUCAAGAGUUUUUUGACAACAUUGUUAGACAGAAAUUUGAAUCUGAAAAUUACACAUUUGAUGUUUAUGUCACAAAAGAUGAGCGGGUUAAGGUUUUGGAUUGUAAUCCUUGGGGUGCAUUUACCCUGCCACUACUAUUUACCUGGGAGGAAUUGGAGCAGAAUGUUAGAGAAGAAGGCGAUGCUGUGGACUUGAGAAUUGUGGAGAGCCAAUGUGGUGUUCGGCCAGGUUUAAAGACAGCUGUGCCAUAUGACUACCUGGAUACCAGUGAGGGGAGUGGCUGGGAUCAAUUUCUUAGGAAUGCUGAUGAGGAGCUGCAUCGGCAAACCAGAUCACCUGAAGCAGGUGCUUGAGUAUACUUUUUUUUUCAAAGUUAUGAUGUACUGAGCUAUCACUAUAUUUUGAUUCAUAUUUUUCCUCUAAAGGACGUCAAGUUCUGGUUUAUAUUAUACGUUAGUUGAACUACUGAUUCAAACAAAAAAUGUGCAGGGGUAAAUCUUUACUUUUAAACCUUUUAUAAUAUAAUAAUUAUUUUUUUUCUCCUA